AUGUUACGUCAAUCAAUACAACGAACUCAAGACACAUCACAAUUAACAAUAAAAAGAACAGCAAUCGAUUCUUAUGGACGUCUUGGUUCAUUAUAUGAUGGAUGUCAAGAUCAACUCCUAGGAAUAUUGGAUAUAACUUUCGAACGAUCAUUAAUUCAAUUGUAUGAUAAAACACAAUGUAUUCUUGAAAAAGGUGAGAAAAAUUAUAAACGAAAUCUUCUUGAAUUGAUUAAUAUCGAUGAACAAUUACGAUUAAGUUUAUUACUUAAUUUAACAUCAAAAACUGGUAUAGCUACAAUUAUCGAUUAUCCAUAUAUAAUAAAUGAAUAUACACGUAUUUUACAUUAUUCUUAUAUUCAUCAAGAAGAACGAUUUCCUGAUGAAAUAGAAAAAAUACGAGAACGACUUGAAUCUUGUCUAAUUAAAACAAAUGCUACUCAUAUUAUUACUGGUAUCAGUUGGGGAAUUGAUAUUGUUAUUAUUUUACAACUUCCAUCAGAUGAUAAUAUUGUUUCAAUGAUUGAUAUUGUACUUGAAAAAUAUCGAGCAUAUUUAAAUGGUGAUUGUAAUGAUUUUAAACUAACUCGAGAUGAUGUUAAUUCAUAUAAACAUAUUAUUGAUACAAAAGUUUAUUCAAAUAUACCAGCUAUAACUGAAAUGACAACUUUACAUAAUAUAUUUCAUAGUAUCUCUCAUUUAAAAACUGAUAAUACUCAAUAUCAACAAUUAUAUUAUAUUCUUUAUCCUAUAUCAAAUUCAAGUUAUAAAUAUUUAGAUUCAAUAAAGAAUAUUCGUUUUGAACAAUAUUUAUAUGAAUUAUCGACUUCUAUGAAAAUUAUAGAAAUAUAUUUUAAUAAAGAUAUAUUAAAUCUUUUAUGUGGACAUUUCAAAGAACGUUUUUCUAAUGCAUAUAAACAAUGGUUAAAUUUAAAAAAUGAAUAUAUAAAUCUAAUUGAACGAUUAUCUAAAUUAGUAAUUGAAAUUCGUUGUGGUCAAAAACAUACUUCAACAUUAGAUAGAAUUCUUAAUCAUGCAGCAGAAAUAAUUUUAAAAAAUAAUAUUUUUGAUUUAUGUGAAGAUCUAACUGAUCUUUAUAAUAAAGGAUAUUUAAUCACUAAUUUAAAUCAUCAAAAUAUACAAUAUUGUAAUGUUAUUGAACGAAAAAUUGAUAAGAAUGAUAAUGAAGAUACAUUGAAACAUAAAUUAAUAAUUGAUGAACAUAUUGAUCGAAUUUUAUGUUCUAAUGAUUUAUUAAAUAAAAAUAAUCCAAUAAAAUUUAAAAAAUUAUGUAAUAAUUUAAUUGAUGAAUUUAAAAAUAAUAUUAAAUUACAUCUUAUCUAUGCUGAUUUUUCUUAUUGUACAUAUGAAUUACAUGAUAUGAUUAUUUUAUCAUCAAUUAAAAAUGAUAAUAAACAAAAAAAUAAAUUAAUAUAUAAAGAAAUUUCAUCAUUUAUAGAUAAUAAUAAUAAUAAUACAUCUACAUCACCACGAACAAGAACACAUAUAUAUAUUCCAUCACCAUCUUCAAAAUUAUCAAUUACUGAAACAAUUAAUAUUCUUCUACUUGGUGAAACAGGUGUUGGUAAAUCUACUUUUAUUAAUGCUCUUGUUAAUUAUCUUACAUUUAAAACAUUUGAUAAAGCUCAAUCUGAAAAACCUAUUGUUGCUAUACCUGUUUCAUUUUCUAUUACUACUGAUGAUAAUUUACAAGAAUAUAAAGUUAAACUUGAUGAUUUGAAUAAAUCAACUAAUGAAAAUUUUCAAUAUCAUGGUCAAACAAUUACACAAUACUGUCAAUCACAUAUUUAUUAUCUUCAUAAUAAUGAUGGAACAAAAUUACGUAUUAUUGAUACACCUGGUUUUGGUGAUAUACGAGGUAUUGAACAAGAUAAUCUUAAUAUGCAACAUAUAAUAAAAUAUAUAAAAAAUUUUAACUAUUUAAAUGCUAUAUGUAUAUUUGUUAAAUCAAAUGAAUCAAGAUUAAAUAUAUUUUUUCGAUCAUGUCUUAUUCAAUUAUUUAAUUUACUAGAUUCAAAUAUUCGUCAUAAUAUUAUCUUUUGUUUUACUAAUUCUCGAUCAACAUUUUAUACUUCGGGACACAUAGGACUAUUACUUAAAAAGAUGCUUACUUCACUUUCAAUUGGUGAUGUUCCAUUUAAAAAAGAGAAUACAUUUUGUUUUGAUAAUGAAUCAUUUCGUUAUUUAGUUGCUUUACAAAAUAAAAUUCAAUUUAAUGAUUAUGAAAAACAAGAAUAUAAAAAAAGUUGGUCAAAUUCAGUACAUGAAAUAAAUCGAUUUAUACGUUAUAUUCGUAAAAAACUUAUACCAUAUUAUAUUCCAAAUGAAUUUGAAUCUAUAAGAUCUGCUGAAAUAGAAAUUGUUCAAAUAAUACAUCCUAUAUUAGAAACAAUACGAAAUAUUCUUCGAAAAAUUAUACGAAGUAAGAUGAAUCAAUUAAAAGUAACAUUUGAAUCAGAUUUAAAUGAUAAUCAUUCAUAUAAAAUAGAAAAUAAUAUUUAUCAUAGUAAUCAACAUUAUCCUCAUCAACCAAUUCGUAUUGAUUUUUUAGAAGAUUAUAAAAUUUUGAAGAAUUCAUUAAGUCAAAUUCAAGAUAAUAUGAUUGAACAAUUAACAUUAUUAUGUCAUGUAAAUGUUGAAUUUGCUUAUUUUUUAUUAAAUAUUGCUCAUUAUUCACAAAAUGAUCCAUUUUUAAAUGGUUUUAUACGAAUGAUUGAUGAAGAAAAUAUUAUUUGUGAAAAUCGAAAUCGAAAUUAUAUGAAUUUACAAUUAGUUGAAGGCUUAAAAAAAUUAGCAAAUAAUUAUCAACAACGUAUAGAAAUUAUUAAAACAAAAUUAGAACAGAAUAUUCUUUCAGAUAUUUAUCAAUGGAUUAAAUAUAUGCAUGAAUAUCCUUUAAUAUCUGAAUAUGUAAUUGACUCUCCUCGAGAAAAUUUAACAAAUGAUAAUAAAAUAACAUCAAUAUAG